GAGUGAGUGAGACGCAUAUUUUGCUUCGGUUGCUAAAGGCUUUUAAAGCUUUCUGAUUUUAAACCGCGUAGCGUCAACAUUGACUUGAGCGUAAGGGGAAAUUUUAUACUUGGUACUGACGUCGGCUACAGUUUGAUUUCGGGUCAGCCACGGAAUAAUGUUUGGAAGCGAUUGACAGACAAAGCGAAGCUAUAACAGUUUCUGCUGUUUUAUAUUGUUUCGUUUUUUGCCUUUUUAUUUUGUUUGGGGAAGCUCGAACUAAGGGAUACUCCAUUGCCAGUCCCCGCUUCGGUUGCUUGCUAGCUACCAGGUGUUUUACCGCAUGUAUAGAAAAUGGCAACUGCACUCAGCGGACGAAACCCUGGCGGUCGCGGACCCAACCAACGAAAAGGUCGGAUUUUAGGCAUCAUUGAUGCCAUCCAGGAUGUUGUCGGACCACCGAAACAGGCUGCUGCCGACCGCCGUACGGUGGAGAAGACAUGGAAACUCAUGGACAAAGUGGUGAGGCAAUGCCAGAACCACCGACUACAGUUAAAGAACAGCCCUCCGUACAUACUGGAUAUCCUGCCAGACACCUAUCAGCACCUGCGGCUAAUACUCUGUAAAUACGAGGAGAACCAGAGACUGACCCAGCUGAGCGAGAACGAGUACUUUAAGAUCUACAUCGACAGCCUGAUGAAAAAAUCGAAAAGGGCAAUUCGCCUCUUCAAGGAGGGCAAGGAAAGGAUGUAUGAGGAGCAGUCGCAAGACAGGCGAAACCUCACCAAGCUCUCUCUGAUCUUCAGCCACAUGCUGGCGGAGAUCAAGGCCAUCUUUCCCGGGGGACAGUUCCAGGCCGACACCUUCCGCAUCACAAAGGCCGACGCCGCCGAGUUUUGGCGGAAAUUCUUUGGCGAAAGGACCAUUGUUCCAUGGAAGGUGUUCAGGCAGUGUCUUCACGAGGUCCACCCCAUCAGCUCAGGCCUGGAGGCCAUGGCUCUGAAGUCCACCAUCGACCUCACCUGCAACGACUACAUCUCAGUGUUCGAGUUUGACAUCUUCACCCGGCUCUUUCAGCCCUGGAGCUCCAUCCUAAGGAACUGGAACUUCCUGGCUGUCACUCACCCGGGCUACAUGGCCUUCCUGACUUACGACGAGGUCAAGGCCCGUCUGCAGAAAUACAUCAACAAGCCUGGCAGCUACAUCUUCAGGCUGAGCUGCACGCGGCUGGGCCAGUGGGCUAUCGGCUACGUCACCAACGACGGGAACAUCCUGCAGACCAUCCCCCACAACAAGCCGCUGUUCCAGGCGCUCAUCGACGGCUGCAGAGAGGGCUUUUACCUGUUCCCCGACGGGCGCAGUUACAACCCGGACUUGACCGGCUUGUGUGAACCCACGCCUCACGACCACAUCAAAGUCACACAGGAGCAGUACGAGCUCUACUGCGAGAUGGGCUCCACCUUCCAGCUCUGCAAGAUCUGCGCCGAGAACGACAAGGACGUGAAGAUUGAGCCCUGCGGCCACCUCAUGUGCACCCACUGCCUGACCGCGUGGCAGGAGUCUGACGGUCAGGGCUGCCCGUUCUGCCGCUGCGAGAUCAAGGGCACGGAGCCCAUCAUCGUGGACCCCUUCGACCCCCGGAACGAAGGCGCCAAGUGCUUCUUCCUGGACCACUUCACCUCGCCCAUGCUGGACCUGGACGACGAAGACGACCGCGAGGACUCCCUGGUCAUGAACGGUCUCGCUUCCAUCAGGAAGUGCACGGACAGACAGAACUCCCCCGUGAUGUCCCCAAACUCGUCCCCCGUGGCCCAGCGCAGGAAGCCCCUUCCGGAACCUUCCGGCAUCCAGCACCUGAGCCUGCCCCCUGUGCCGCCCCGCCUGGACCUCAUCCAGAAGGGGGUCAUCCGCUCGCCCUCCGCCAGCCCCACCGGCUCUCCCAAGUCCUCCCCCGGGAUGUCCAGGAAGCAGGACAAGCCCCUCCCGGCCCCCCCGCCCCCCCAGAGGGACCCGCCCCCGCCUCCACCCCCCGAGCGGCCCCCUCCCAUCCCCCCGGACGGGCGCACCUCCUGGCUGGCCGUCCCCUCGGCCGGCCUGCCCCGCGACCCCCAGCCCACCCUGGAGGCCUGGUGCCCGAAGGACAGCGCGCUGGCGGACCCCCGGCCCGGGCCCGAGCACUCCCCGAAACUGGCCCACGCCGCGCCCCUCCACAUCAACGGCCGACCCACCAGCGACCCGCUGACCGGCCGGGUCCACCACAGGGCGGAGGGGCCCCUGGACGGAGCCAAGACUUCCUCCAACGGCCUCCUGGCGGGAGAUGAGUACGACGUCCCCCCUCUGCGGCUCUCCCCUCCCCCACCCGCCCACGCCGGCGGCCACAAGUACUCAAACCCCUUCUCUAGCCCCUGUGCUGAAAAACCCAGGCUGUUGGGUGAUCGUGAGGAAGACGAGUAUCAGAUCCCCUCUUCGCACCCCAUAACUCUGACCCAGCCUCCGCUCUGCAUUUCUGUUCGGAUACCCUCCAGGGGCCUGGAGAACGGGCAGUUUGCUAACGGCUCCUCGGAUCACAGCACAGAGGGGAAAUGGCACAAGGCCCUGGAAUAUGGUGCUCAUUUUGAGUCUGGCAUGUUUGUAUCGGGGGCAACGCGUCCCUCCCUCUGCCCCUCCCUCAACAGGACGCCCUCAGACUACGACAUUCUCCUGCCCUCUCAAGCGGAGGAUCUGUUCAGUAGUGCGCCCCCCUGCCAGCCCCCACCUCCCCCUCCAGCGCGGCACAGUUUCGGUGAAUUGUCCUCGUCUCCUUCCUGUUCCCGGGCAGCGAGGCCGGCCUCCGGACACGACCACUUCCUGCUCACGCCUGAUUCCUUUUUGGACGUGCUGAGCGGGGCAGCGCCCGUGCCCCCUGUCCGAAGGCAGACGGGGGACAACAUGAAGCCCCCGGGGCGGGCGUCCCCGGGGCAAGACUACGACCAGCUGCCCCCCACGCAAGUUCUGGCUGAAAGCAUACAGGCACCUGCCAGGCCGCCCAAGCCCUACCCCCGUAAGACCCCUCCGGACAUGCAUCACAGGAAGGCCCACAGCCACGAACCGGCCGGCGAGAACGUGGACGCCAAAAUCGCCAAGCUGAUGGGCGAGGGCUACUCCUUCGAGGACGUGAAGAGGGCGCUGAUGAUCGCGCAGAACAAAGUGGACGUGGCCCGGAACAUUCUGCGGGAGUUUGCCCUGGUGGCCCCCAGACUCAACCUGUAGCCCGAGGGCGGGGAGACUCUUUGCCUACAGGAGGGCUGGACGUGCGGGGGAAAGCGCUCCCUCCUCUCCUUCGCUCAGCCCCUCCUGAGUCUGUGCGUACCGCCAACGGCCGCCGGGGCAGGGGCUGGAAUGAAGGAGUCCGGAGAUAAUUCUACGUCCUUUCCCACAGGGAUGCUGGGAAGUAAUGCACAGCUAUUUCUUUUAGCCAUAACGAAUCAGGGUCGAACUGAAGAGAAGCAUUUACUUUUUAGAAACCUGUGAAAAAAAAAAAGAAAAAAAAAGAAUUGUUGUUUACAGUGGACAGCUGGAUCCGGUGAGCCACAAGGCGCUGGCUCCCGCCUCUCUUCGCCAUUUCCUGUCCUGCUGCCGCCUGUCACACCAUCCCUCUGCCACCCCCCCACACACACUCGGGCAAAAGCACACCCACACAGACCCACACACACACACACACACACACACAGUCACACUCACACAGACACACACACACACGCUCACGCACACCUUAGGAUGUGACUGUUGUCUUCUUUUCCAUUAUACUGUUCUUUACCGUGUCGCUUUAAUGGACCAGACGACAAUUUCUCGGUCAGGCUGAGUUAGGUGUACAGAACGGAAAGCGAUUCUCUCGCAUGUGGCCUUCACUACUGAAUCUCUUUCCGUCCCCGGCCUCUGAGCGCCAGGUCUCCGCUGAAGCAGAACAUCGAUGGCAUCUCUCUUCACCUUGCACUUUUUUGCCGAUACUUCUUUGGACAUUUGCGUUUUUGGCUGCAUCUCGCACGCUUCCAUCGCUGAGCGUCAUUUCUGCGGGGGCCGUAUCCCGCCGUCAGUGACCCCGCAGACAACGUCCGGGCCCCAAGGCUGCCGAGCCAGUUCCUGUCUCUGAGGUGCCAGGGCCGGUGCGGUGGCUCAGGCAGUUCUCCUGACACCUCGGCUGUCUUGUGUGUUACAAGUACUUUCCCCCAGAACAGAAACUCAUUGAAUGUACAACAAAAGAAAACGCAAGUCACCCGUGCUGUGUGUGGUUCAGCUGUUCUAACCGCAGACCGAACCACUGAACGGACCUUCGGCUGGGGGGAACCGGGCCGCCUGAAUGUAUUAGCCGUGGAAGACCCGUGUCCCAUAACUCGUCUGGACAUCCAGAAAGGAAGCGCCCAACCCUGUCAUUAUCCCAUUCCUCUCAGUCAAAACACAAACCCACUGUCAUGGAAAAGAUGGUGUUUAUUAUGUGCCAAAAAAAGAGUUAAAGAUAAACGCCACAUUAUUCUGUUUAAUUUUUAAACGAACAAUCAGAUGUGUGUGGGCAGUGUUCGGCUGUAUGAGUCCACAGUGCUUAUCCUGUUAAACACAGGUGUGGGGGAAAAACCUGCUUCCUGUAGCCUACACACUCUAUGGACACUGACCACAGGACAGUCAGAAGUGAAAUGCCAUACUCCUGAGACACACUCCUGAAGGGCCAUGCCUGCUAACAGGCUGUUUACAGGACACUCACACCGUUAUUGUGCCGUCUCCACUCGCCAGGCUGUUAAACAAGUGGAAGAAUGUACAUUUUUCAGAUUUUUCUCAUUGAAUUCUAGCCUGGUGGAAAAACUUGCGAAAGUUAAAAAUCUCCAUUGAGCAAACUGCUGUUGGUUAUGGCCAGACAUCCCAUAGCAACUUCAGUCGACCCCAGAAGCCAUGGCGUUUUGCCGUUGCUAGUGCGGAAGCCCGCCUGACGGUUAGCUACAAGGCCUUUCCUCGCUCUGCUGUCAGAGCCGGCCGCGUUUCUUUUGUGCUUUUGUGUUUCCGUUUCGACAGUCAGUCACAUUAUCAGCCCCCCCCCCCACGUUCAGGUUUGGUAUUUUUAACUUGAAGCUUUGUUUUGCACUGGUUCCUUUCUCUCAUCUUAAACUUGAAAGAGUAAAAUGGAGGGUCCUUCCAUCCAGCCUUCCAAGGGUUCGGUGGCCUUCAGGUGGCAGUGAGGUUUUCUCUUAUUUUUUAAAUUUCUUUCUUUGAGGAAUUUUGUCAAAAAAUGCCUUUUGUGAUAUGUAAAAAUGAUAGUGAUGUGUGCAAUUAAUUUAUACUUUAUUAAAGCAUUCUCUUGAUAUUUUUUCAUUGUUCAGUAAUGAAAAGUAACCUAUAAUCUGUUCAUGUGAAAGUUUUAUAAAAGCCAGUAUUAAUAGAU